CCUCGUUCAAACAGUUCGCAAAUAAGCUUUACCACGUUAGCAUCUAUAGUCUACUGCAGUAUAUAUAAUCGCCGCAUUUGCCGGUGAAUUAUUAAUUGUUUAUUUUCCUUAAAUGAUUAUCAAUUGUAUACGAUCAACCUUAUUAAAAACCCCUCUUUUUAUACUAAGAACUUCAGCAGUAACCAUGUCUUCAAAACCAUUGACCCUUGAAUCCUUGGAGAAAUUAAGGAGUAACUACUAUGCAAAUCCUAUAAAUGAAUUAGCUCAAAAUGCUUGCACCCGUUUUGAUCCUUUCGAAGUUGCUAUUAGCAAACGAAGGACCGACAGAUCCCUCCAUGUUUAUAAUAUCAAGGUUGAGUCAGAAGGGAAACCUGUAACCAAUCAAGAGAAUACAGGCAGAUGUUGGUUGUUCGCAGCUCUCAAUGUGAUGAGGUUACCAUUCAUGAAAAAAUAUGGCAUUGAAGAGUUUGAGUUUUCACAAAGCUACCUCUUCUUCUGGGACAAAAUUGAACGUUCUCACUUCUGGUUAAACAAUAUAGUGGAAACUGCCAAACAAGGAGAGAAGUUGGAUGGUCGUUUAGUCAGCUUCUUGCUUAAGGAUCCAAUAAACGAUGGAGGCCAAUGGGAUUUGAUAGUGAACCUGAUUAACAAGCACGGUUUGAUGCCGAAGAAGUGCUUCCCGGAGACGUUCAGCUCACGUCGGAGUCUACACAUGAACGCAUUAAUUAAGACUAAGUUGCGAGAAUAUGCCAAAGAGCUGAGAGGUUUAGUGGCAGCGAAGGCGUCGGACGAGGAGAUACAAACAGCCAUAGACAAGCAGAUAGCUGUUAUCUACAACAUUGUCGCUACGUGUCUUGGUACACCACCAGACAAAUUCACAUACGAAUUCUACAAUAAGGAGAAAGCCUACAACACAUUCGGGCCCCUCAGUCCGCAGGAGUUCUACAACAAGCACGUGCGGCCGGUGUUCAAUGUCGACGAUAAGGUGUGCUUAGUGAGCGAUCCUCGUGAAUCGAAUCCGUUCGGUCAGCUUUACACCCUUCAGUGUCUAGGCAAUGUGGUCGGAGGCAGGCAGACUGCAUACAACAACCAACCUAUCGAAACUCUUAUCAAAGCGGUAAAAGACUGUAUUCAGGGCGGAGAAGCGGUGUGGUUCGGCUGCGAGGUGUCCAAACGAUUUGAAAGGAAGAAUGGCCUUGAAGAUUUAGACGCGCAAGAUUACCGGCUAGUGUUCAACACAGAGGUCCAGAUCGGACUCGAUAAGGCUGAAAGACUUCUGUACGGAGAUUCUUGCAUGACACACGCUAUGGCCUUCACUGCUGUUGGCACAGAUGAACAAGGUAACCCUAUCAAGUUCCGCGUGGAGAACUCGUACGGUGACAAAGAAUAUGACAAGGGAUAUUUACUGCUCACAGUGCCUUGGUUCAAAGAAUUUGUAUUUGAGGUCGUCGUCGAUAAAAAAUAUGUACCAGAGGAUGUACUAGACGUGUUCAAACAGAAACCAACGGUUCUGCCCGCCUGGGAUCCGAUGGGGACACUCGCUUGUCCACUUUGCUCAAACGAAUAACAGUAACAAUGGAUUACGUUAUAUUUUAUAAUAAUUAAAAUUUAAUUUGUUGCAUAGAUUAGGGUAACAAUCAUUGAGUUAUUUAUUGAAUAAUUUUGUAUUUGAGAUAUAACCAUGGAUUGAUACAUAAAACGAUUUCAUAGCUAGAACAUUGAUUUAGCUUGAGAAAUGGAGAUAGUUCUUGUUAAUAAUAAAAUAUAAGGGUAGUUAACAGAGAUUUGAAUUAGGCUAAAUACAACAAACCAUGCCAUCAAGCGAUUAUGAAGACUCUAAAGGGGCCACACACUCGCCGUACACCCUUUAUAAUUUUUGUUGAAUCUCGAAAAUCUAUCAAAUAAUAAAUUAAAAUAUAGAAGUGCACAAGAUAAAAAAAAACAUAGAUUUUUGAUUAAUGCCACUAUUACCACUAAAUGGCUGACAUAACAUCAUCAACGACACGCUCGGUUUUACUUUUUUAACUUAAAUUAACGGGUCCUGCUUACUCCAGAUCUUUAGCUGUUAACAUCUCCCUCAGUAAGGCUGGAGUAUGUAAUAUAGUUAUUGUUAUUAGUUAAUGGUGCUAAAAUAUCCAAUUCAUAAUAAUGUUAUGUAUGUUAUUAAUCACACACUAAGUCUAGGGAAACUAGCUAUAAAAUGUUAAAUCGUGAAUUUAUUUUCAAUAUACAUAUUUUUUUAAUUAGUCAACUCCAAAUACUAAAGACCAAACAUAACAAGUACGUAGAUAGUUUAUCUGUGUGUAUCUGUCAACUUAUCCGAUGUUUUUUUCUCAAAUUCAAAAUUAGCCAAGUAACUCAACAACAACAAUCAUGGAAUUAGAAAAAAAGAAAAUUAAAUUACGAUUUUUAAAUUUCUUAAGAGUAAUCGUUUUGUUGCAUUUAGACAGCAUGGUGCUACUAGACGUAAAUGUCAUUAUAAACUUAUACAUUUAGUGAGAACCAAAAAACUUUAACGUUUAAGAUUAAAUGUGUGUAAAAUUCAUUAAAACAAGAUAACGGUUCCUUUGUAAUAAGCUAGGUUGUAAUCAAUCGACUGUUCAUUAAAAUCGUCAUCCUAGCUGUACAACCUUACAAAAACCAACUAAUACAUUUCGUUGAAGUUACCAUUUCAAAAAAUGCUAUGCCAGUGCUGCUAUUAAGACGGCGCCACACAAUCGAACACAAACAGUAGUCACAACUUUAUCGAAUAGACAUAUCGAAGUAAUCAUGUCAGCAGAAAAUUGUAUGUAAGAGUGUGCCUUAAUAUUUGUUAUAGUGUAGCACUGGCUUAAGACUGUCGAAAUCCUGACAACGAUGUAUGAUCUGAGAAAUCAGAAACGUAUAUUACAUUGGAUUUAUUUUACACUUAUAACAAUUAAUAUUGUAUUUGUGAUGGAAAAAGAUCUUAUUUUGGCAUUCGUUUUUUUUUUAUCUAUAAUUUUAUUUUGUUUAAUAAUUUGAGAAAGAUACGAUUGUUUUUUUUUUCAUAAUUGAUAUAUUACAAUUAAUUCGGUUUAGCUUAAGAUUACUAACAUUAAAAUUUUAAUAGUUUUUUGUACCUACAUUGUAACGGAAUGUGUUCAUAUUCAAUAACCAGUUACCGCCAUGUUACCUUGUUAAGACAAUAAAAUAUAUUAAACGA